UCCAGUCAAAUGUAAACAUAUCUAAAGAGAAAAAGAUCGCAAAACACAAAACAUGUGAGCUCGUAGUGAGCUGUCUACCUAGACUACAUAGACGUAUUUCCGAGCCAUUGUAACUUGUAACUUUCCGAGGGGCUGGAGUAAAGGGGCGGUGAAGAAACAAUAGAAAAGUAGCUGAAGUGAACCAGAGCUGAUAUUGCCAUGAGACUAACACCGAACUAGGAGUCGUGGUCUCUAAACGAUGCCAUAUUGUAUGUCUUUCCAUGUAUUCCAGAGCUCUGAUCGUGAAGCUGAAAGUUUAUCCUGUGUCUCUUCACUUCUGGCUCGAGUCGUGUAGCGUCACAACAGAAGAGAUCCGCUCAGCCACAUUAGGAAGUUGAACACUAACGUUAAUCAGCAAACAGUCCGUUAAUUCACCGCCCUUAAGAUUUGUUCAUUCGGUGUCAGUACAUGGAUAUUCUCAGGAUGGUCCUAGAGCUCAGGAGCUCUUCUGUGUUGCUGUUUGAAGAGAUCUGGUGCUGAUUCAGCUGUGAGGAUAACACCAAUGGACCUUCACUGACGUGCCUUAGCUGCUGCUUGAAGAAACCGUUUCCUCUCAAGUACUGGCAUACAGGUUUGGCAGAAUGUGUCACGUCAUAGUCACAUGCCGCUCUGUGUUAUGGACCUUGAUGAGCAUUGUGGUGGCAUUUGCUGAGAUGGUGGCAUUUAUGAGCGCCGAAUGGCUAGUGGGAUAUCCAGAUGGUUCUGAGUUCAACUUCACCGUCACCGCUUCACACCGCAGCGACCAGCGCACACUGGGUAUUUAUAACCGCUGCAUCAAGGUGGCACAGCAGAAGGUGCUCCAGUGUGGGCCUUAUGCCACAGACUUCAUGGAAAUAGCCAGUGGCUUCUGGCAGGCCACUGUUAUAUUUCUAGUCGUCGCGAUCUUCCUCCUAUCCGUAGUGGGCAUCCUUUCGGUUUUCAGCAUGUGCUUCCAGAGUAUCUUGAAGAAAAGCAUAUUCAAUGUGUGUGGCCUGCUUCAGGGAAUAGCAGGUCUAUUCCUCAUCUUAAGUCUGAUGCUCUAUCCUGCAGGCUGGGGAUCUAAGAAGGUGGUUGACUACUGCGGUCCGGAUGCUUCCCCAUAUAAAGUGGGCCUGUGUUCUCUGGGCUGGGCUUUCUACACAGCCAUAGGAGGCACUGUUCUCACUUUCGUUUGUGCCAUGUUUUCGGCCCAGGCUGAGAUCGCCACCUCCAGCGACAAGGUGCAGGAUGAGAUUGAAGAGGGACGGAGCCUCAUUUGUGUGCUAUGAAACCACUCAAACGAAAAAUAAUUGUGUCCCAUGUUUACUGAUUGAAAGGACUGUUGCAUAAUAGGAAUGUAUUUCAGACCUGUAGGUCUACUGAUCAAAGUCUUUACUAAUGUAUUUGCUUUUGCUUUCUGACUCUUUUCUCAUUUUAUCGCUGUAUCACCAUUGCAAAAUAUACGUAUAAACUAAUUAUUUCUAUGAAAAAACCUUUAAAAACUAACAAAUGUGUUAACAUUGUUCUUAUAAGCAAAUGCAUUUUAUCUAUAUUUUGAUUUAUUUGUUACUAAAUUUUACAUGGAGGUCUAAUUAAUGGAUAAAACAAUUUUCAGACUGUUUUAAAGAUUUCACAGAAAUAACUGCCCUGUGAUAGACCUAGUCUAUUAAAACUGUAAAAGAAGGGAUUCUUGAAUAAGAAGGUGUUUGAAGCACUUUCCGCCUCUCAAUCAUGUUACAUGUUCACCGCAAGCAGUCCAUAUAUGGGAAGCUGAGAGCAUUAUAUGGUGAACUUUCAACUGUUUUUGACUAUUUCUGUUGAAUGCAUUUUUUUUUUAUCUAUCAACAGUGGCUUAUACAACCAAAUGGACUAAAGAGAAAAAAAUAAAGUGCAUGUCGUAAUACCGACA